AUAACCGAAUUGGUUCCGAAUGGAAACAUCGAAUCUUUGCGGACCAGCGCGGCGACACUGACACACACAGAGGCACAGCGCUAGCCACAAAAGGAAAAUGGCGGCGAUAACUCGGCUGCACCUCCUCUACCACUCUUCUCCGACGACUCUCAAGCCCUCCUUACUCCUAACAAAAUGCCCUCACUCUCUCUCCCACUCCUUCAACACCAAUCUCCGCCGCAAAUUCUCCGCUACUCCUCUCUGCUCCAGCUCAGCUUCAACCCACCAGAGUUCGUCUUCGGCGGAUGGAUCGAGAGGGUCUAUAGUGGGGGAUCUUCUGGACUAUCUCAAUGAGUCCUGGACUCACUUUCAUGCUACGGCCGAAGCAAAACGACAACUAAUUGUUGCUGGUUUUCAUUUGUUAAAUGAGAAUGAUGAAUGGGACCUAAAGCCUGGUGGACGAUAUUUCUUUACACGAAAUAUGUCUUGCUUAGUCGCUUUUGCCAUUGGAGAAAAGUACGCUGUUGGUAAUGGUUUUCAUGUCAUUGCUGCGCACACAGACAGCCCGUGUCUAAAACUAAAACCAAAAUCUGCAUCGUCAAAGUCUGGUUAUCAAAUGGUCAAUGUGCAGACCUAUGGUAGUGGUUUAUGGCAUACUUGGUUUGAUAGAGACUUAAGUGUUGCAGGAAGGGUGAUAGUGAGAGGUAGUGACGGUUCUUUCAUGCACAAGCUUGUCAAAGUAAAGAGGCCUCUGUUAAGGAUACCAACACUAGCCAUUCAUCUUGACCGCACAGUGAAUAAGGAUGGAUUUAAACCAAAUCUGGAGACUCAUCUGAUUCCAUUACUUUCAACAAAAAUAGAGGAAACUUUGGAGUCAAAAGAGAAAAGUACAGCAUCUUCUUUAAAACCUGCUCAUCAUCCACUGCUUAUGCAGGCUUUGUCGGAUGAGUUGAACUGUGGCAUUGAUGACAUAGUGAGUGUUGAGUUAAGUGUUUGUGAUACCCAGCCUAGCUGCCUUGGAGGUGGAAACGAUGAAUUUAUUUUCUCUGGAAGAUUGGACAACCUUGCUUCAAGUUAUUGUGCAUUACGGGCUCUUAUUGAUUCAUGUAAAUUAUCCAGUGAUUUAUCAAGUGAACAUGCAAUUCGGAUGAUUGCUUUAUUUGAUAACGAAGAGGUGGGUUCAGAUUCAGUUCAGGGAGCUGGUGCACCAACCAUGUUUCAGGCUAUGAGACGCAUCGUUAGUUGCUUAGUUAAUGAGUAUGUUGGUGAAGGUGCUUUCGAGCGUGCAAUUCGCCACUCAUUUCUUGUGUCUGCAGACAUGGCUCAUGGAGUUCAUCCAAAUUUCAUGGAUAAGCAUGAAGAACACCAUCGACCAGAAAUGCAAAAGGGACUUGUAAUCAAGCACAAUGCAAACCAGCGCUAUGCUACUAGUAGUGUCACAGCUUUCCUAUUCAAAGAAGUUGGCAAAAUCCAUAACCUUCCAACUCAGGAAUUUGUGGUGAGAAACGAUAUGGGAUGUGGUUCCACCAUAGGUCCAAUUCUUGCAUCAGGAGUUGGCAUCCGUACUGUUGAUUGUGGCAUUGCUCAACUUUCGAUGCACAGUGCGAGAGAGAUAUGUGGUAAGGAAGAUGUAGACAUUGCUUACAAGCAUUUCAAGGCAUUCUACCAAACCUUCUCAAGCAUAGACAGGAAGCUGAAGGUGGAUUUUUAAGAUCUAGUCUGUUACGUACAUGAAGAUAGGAGGAUUUUUCAAACUCAACCUUUUAUCCUAGUUGGUAGAAGUCAAUAAGAAUAAUCUAUCUAUGAAUGCAUAGUCCUUCUUGAAAUUAUAUUUGUUCAUUCAGAGAGAGAGAGAGAGAGAGAGAGAGAGGAUUGUAUUCAUUUCUUCAUGUAACAAAUCUGUAGCUCAUAACAUUAUUUUCUUUCUCAAUCCUACAACAAAGAGUUAUCAGAAACUGGACAUGUAGCUACCCUAGUGGAUAUGGAAUCAACUGUAUUCCGCAU